GAUCGGGGAUGUAUUUUCGACAAGCAGCUUUGUCUUAUCUUCAUACUGCACUGUUUUUAUUGAAACUCUGUGGGAGGACCGUCUUCCGUUUUCCAAUGAACGAAAUGACACUACUCGACACUGGUCGUCACUAGUUACCACAGCCACACAGUCAUAGACCCCGCCUGUUUCUACAAUUUAUCUUCUUCAAAUGGUUGUUUUCAUGAAUUGUUUUAUACAUUUUUACUUUGUGGUAACUAGUGUAAACCUCGACCACUUAGAAUCGGUUUAAAGGUAACAGACUGAAGAUGGGAACCUAGGUCACUUUUAUCCAAACGAGAAAACACCACAAAGUAGCUACAAAGCCUCUUCUCACAGCCUUUGUGCCAAAGAGCCACAAGCGCGGCAUGCGGGUGCGUUUGAGGUGAAACAUUAUGGCAGAAGUGGAGGACGAAGAGUCAAUGCUGGCCUUGAUCAACUACUAUUGCCACGAGAAGUAUUUCAAUCAUGUAUUAAAUGCUGCAGCUGUGGCACAGAGGAAAUUCAGCAAUGAUCCAAUCUUCAGCUUUUUCCAUGCCUACGGCACCCUGAUGCAAGAUCAAAUUCAGGAAGCCAUCCAUGAGUUUGAGACAAUAAAAGACAGAAGAGAUAUUUCCCUCUGUACAUUCAUGGCUCUUGUUUUUGCUGAAAAGAAAAGGCCAAACCCAGAUCGAGAUGUCAUUCAGGAACUGGAUGCCAAGGUGAAAGAGGACCGUAAAAGUGCAACACCUAAGGGUCUCUACUACGCUGGGAUGUUCCUCUGGCUUCUGGGACGAAAUGACAAAGCAAGGGAAUACAUAGAGAGGAUGAUCAAAGUCUCUAAUGGUUCCCGAGAAGGGAUUAUCCUAAAAGGCUGGAUAGAUCUGACCUCUGGUAAGGAUGCAUAUGCCAAGAAGGCUGGGAAAUACUUUGACGAAGGCCUGAAAGAGAAAGCAGAUGUUUUUGCUCUGAUGGGAAAGGCACAUUACUAUGAGUAUCGGCAUAAUUAUUCUGGAGCAUUGGAGACAGUCAACCAAGUGAUUGUUAGUUUCCCUGGGUUCCUUCCUGCCUUUAUCAAGAAGAUGAAGCUUCUAUUGACCCUGCAGGACUGGGAGCAAACUGUAGAUGCAGCACAGAGGCUCUUGCAGAAGGAUAAAAACAACCUAGAAGCCCUGAGAAUGCUCGCUCUUCACUCCUUAUGCAGAGAGGGGGACAUCACAGAGUCACUAAACAUGCUCUCAAGUCUCGUCAGCAACUUGGACACCCAAGAGCCUCACAGCCCAGACCUUUUCUACAGGAUGUCCUUGGCUUUCACACGGGUGUGUGGAAGAAAUGAGAAAGUGAUUCAGCAGACUCACAUCAUGGUGGACAGAGCCUUCUCCCAAGCCCAAGGGGAUUCUGAUCUGGCCACAGAGCUGGGCUACCAGUUGGUUCUGCAGGGAAGAAUCAAAGAGGCUAUGAAGUGGUACAAGACUGCCAUGACUCUGGACGAAACAAGUGUCUCGGCUUUGACAGCAUGGAAAAUUCCAGAAAAUGGUGUCAUGGCUUUAGAAGUUUCUAAUUUACAAGUCUGGUUCAUCGUUGGGAGCAAUUUCCAGAUGCCUGAAGGUAUUAUCAGGUGCCAGCUGAUCGAGGGAAACUUGGAGGAUGCAGAGCAACAGCUGGAGUUUCUCACAGAGAUCCAACAGUCUAUAGGGAAAUCAGGGGAGCUGCUGUACCUGCGUGCCAUGCUGGCUGUGAAGAAACGCAGGUCACAGGAUGAGGUCACCAACCUGCUGAAUGAUGCCGUGGACACUCACUUCUCCACACUGCAAGGCCUGCCGCUGGGGGUGGACUACUUUGAGAAGCUCAACCCUGACUUCUUGCUGGAGAUCGUCAAGGAGUACAUAGCACUCUGUCCUGCUAAGCCUCCAGCCCAGGGCCAGCCUCCUGCCCCUCAGCUCCAACACUGUGCCUCUGUGUUGGACACUGUGGUGAAGAUAGUACCUGGACUCCUACAAGGUGUCUUCCUAUUGGCCAAAGUUAGGUUUCAGUCUGGUGACAUUGACUCUGCUCAGAGCAGCCUCCAACACUGCCUGGACCAGUGUCCCUCCCAUGCUGAGGCCCACCUGCUCAUGGCACAGAUCCACCUCUUACAAGGCAACUACAAGCUCUCCUCCCAGUCUCUGGAGCUUUGCCUCAGUCACAACUUUGCGGUCCGAGAGCACCCUGUGUAUCACCUUAUAAAGGCCCAGGCCCAGAAGAAGAUGGGAGAGCUCCAAGAGGCCAUCCAGACUCUGCAGAUGGCCAUGAUCCUGCCGGGGGUCCGCAGGGCCGGUGCCUCAGCCAAAUCCAAGAACAAGAAGGUGGAGCUGAGCUCUGCUGACUGUGUGUCCGUGUUCCUUGAACUCGCCGAGGCCCUCUGGCUCAACGGAGAACAACACGAAGCCGCCAAAGUGAUGCAAGACGCCAUCAACGAGUUCUCGGGCACUCCUGAGGAGCUGCGUGUCACCAUCGCCAAUGCUGACCUGGCUCUGCUGCGUGGCGACACCGAGCUUGCCCUGAGCAUGCUCAGAAACAUCACCCCUGAGCAGCCCUACUAUAUCCAGGCCAAGGAGAAGAUGGCCGACAUAUAUCUGACUCACAGGAAAGAGAAGCGCCUUUAUGCCAGUUGUUACAGAGAAUUAGUAGAGAAGCUGCCGAGUCCUCAUACAUAUCUUUUACUUGGGGAUGCUUAUGUGAAUAUCCAAGAGCCAGAGAAGGCCAUUGAGAUCUACGAACAGGCUCUGAAGAAAAACCCCAAAGAUGGAGCUCUGGCCAGCAAGAUUGGGAAAGCUCUCGUCAAGACUCACAAUUACGUCAAGGCAAUCAAUUACUAUGAAGCUGCUCUGAAGACUGAGCAGCAGAACUUCCUGCGAUAUGACCUGGCUGAACUGCUAAUGAAGAUGAGACAGUACGAGAGGUGCGAGAAAGUUUUACAAGAGGCUCUCGCCCAUGACCCAGUAAAUGAGCUGCCGUUGCUAACCGAUGAUUGUCGCUAUCUGGUCCUGUUGGCCAAAAUCCAAGGCAAGGUUGACAAAAACGAGGAUGCUUUACUUUCCUUGCAACGAGCCCGGGAUGUGCAGGCCAAGGUGUUGAAGCGUGUGCAGUUGGAGCAGCCAGACGCUGUCUCCAUGCAGAAGCAGCUCGCUGCAGAGAUCUGUGGCGAGAUCGCUAAACACUACACAAGUCUUCGAGGCUAUGAGAGAGCAGUGAAAUUCUACAAAGAAGCUCUUGUCUAUUGUGAGAGUGAUGCCAAGGUGAUGCUGGAGCUGGCGCGGUUGUACCUCACUUUAGAUGAUGUGGAUGGCUGCCAACAGCAAUGCUGUGUCCUUCUGAAGAGUGACCAGGUCAAUGAAGAUGCAACACUGAUGAUGGCUGACCUGAUGUUCAGGAAGCAGGACUAUGAGCAAGCCGUUUUCCACUUUCAGCAGCUACUGGAGCGCAAACCAGACAACUACCCAACACUGUCACGUCUAAUCGACCUGCUGAGGAGAGCUGGGAAGUUAGAGGAAGUUCCCAGGUUUCUGGAGAUGGCUGAAAAACAUUCCUCCAGGGCAAAGUUUGACCCUGGGUUUAACUACUGCAAAGGACUUUAUCUGUGGUACACAGGUGAACCCAAUGAUGGGUUGCGACACUUCAACAAGGCACGGAAAGACAACGACUGGGGUCAGAAUGCUGUGUACAACAUGAUUGAGAUCUGUCUUAACCCAGACAAUGACACCAUGGGAGGAGAAGUCUUUGAGAACCUAGAUGGUGACAUGGGGAACUCUACUGAGAAGCAGGAGUCAGAGCAACUCGCCGUGAGAACAGCAGAGAAGCUCCUGAAUGAGUUAAAGCCCCAGACAGCCGGUGGACACGUCCAACUACGGAUCCUAGAGAACUACUGCUUUCUGGCCACCAAGCAGAAAGCCAACGUCGAGAAAGCCCUGAAUGUUUUCACAGAGAUUGCAAACAAUGAGAAGGACCAUGUGCCUGCACUGCUAGCCAUGGCGACAGCCUACAUGAUUCUCAAACAAACCCCUCGAGCCAGGAACCAGCUCAAACGUGUAGCUAAGAUGAACUGGAGCAUUGUUGACGCUGACGAGUUUGAGAAGAGCUGGCUGCUCCUGGCCGACAUCUACAUCCAGUCAGGGAAAUAUGACAUGGCCGGGGACCUCUUGAAGAGGUGCCUUCGUCAUAAUAAGUCAUGUUGUAAAGCUUAUGAAUACAUGGGCUACAUUAUGGAGAAGGAGCAGGCAUUCCGAGAUGCAGCGCUGAACUAUGAAAUGGCUUGGAAAUAUGGCAAUCAAACGAACCCCACAAUAGGAUACAAGCUUGCAUUCAACUACCUGAAAGCAAAGAGGCAUGUUGAUGCCAUAGAUGUCUGUCAUAAGGUUUUGGAUGCUCACCCCAAUUAUCCAAAGAUGAGGAAGGACAUCUUGGACAAAGCUCGGGCAGCUUUGCGGUCUUAACAUAAAUGUUUUAGAGAGAGAGAGAGAGAGCAGUGGGUGUAUUAUUGCUCAAUCUUUUUUUUAUGUGUUUUGUUAACAAGCAUUAUUACUUGGGUAAGUAUUUGGAUGUAAUUAUAAAUGGAAUUUUGGAGGGAUGAGAGACAGUGCUUUUUAUAAACGUGAUUACAAUACAAAACACAUUGUUGUAGAGUUAUUGUGUUUUUCUUACAAUAUAAUGAAAACAGUGACUCUGUUUCAACACUCUAAAGAAAGACGUAUUGCUUUGCAAUAAAUGUCAGAGUUCAAUUUUAAUCUUAAAUAAAUCUUAAUUGUACACCUUA